GCUUCACUUCUCGUUUUUGAAUGCACUAAGUGCUUCACUGCUUGAAUCCGCACUCAGCUAAGGUGUAGGCUAUACUUGAGUGUCUCUUGCAAUGCCUCUACCAUAUGACUUAUGUGCUCGCGUGCAAAACGCCUUUCGAGCACGACACCAUAAAAUAGCGGUGGACCACACAACGCAAAACCUCGGUAUUUUAAGCAUCCUCCUACGGACCGGCUUCAUCUCCAACGUCACGCGCGGAACCAUCGAGUCACCCUCUCCCACUGACUUCCUCCGUGUUGGCGAAGCCCAGCGCCGUAUAUGGGCCGAGCUUAAAUACCGCGACGACCGGCCUGUCCUUUCGGAUAUGGAGCUCAUUAGUAGACCCAGCAGACGCAUUUUCAUGGAUAUCGGGGAGUUGCGACGGAUUUGCUCCGGACGCCGGGCGCAGACGAUUAAACCACUGGGCAUGGGUGAAAUUGCAGUUGUACGGACAAAAAACAAAGAGCAUGAAUGGUUGGAGGCGCGAGAGGCUUUGCAGUUAAAUCUAGAUGGGGAAGUGAUUUGUCGAGCUCGUUGAUCCCGUCGAGGGCCUUUCGUUGUUCUGUCCUACAUAUCAUAUAGAUUUAUCCACUACACUACUUGACAAACAUCUGAGGCAUGUGCAUACUUUUGAUGGUUAGUACCUUCAUAAUGUCAGGGAGUUGAUGUCCUGAUCU